GAGAGACAGGAGCGAAAAGGCGAAGAUUGUCUAUGAAGGAAGGGGGAACCUUACUCUCUGUGACUGACAGAGAGGUGAUCCAUGAGUGUUCCUCUCAUUAAACAUUCCUGGGAGCAUCAGGCAGAGCAAGAGAGACAGAGGAGGGAACGGCUGGUGGCAUCAGAUUGCGGGGAACGAUGCUGGUGCUUCUUGUGAAUGGGGGUUUGCUCAUGACAUCCUCUUUUUGAGUCAGCGAUAUCAAGAGACAUGGGUCAUUGACAAGAAGAAGCCUUGGUGAUUUGCCCUCAGGGGAUGCUGGGAUCGCUGACAACAAACCUUCCCCAGUUGAGUGGGGAGUGGGUAGGAUUGCUGAAACCUAACACAGAGUGGUGGGAGCAUGUCCUCGUUCGGGAAGCUUACCGAGUACUUCAGCUUGAGAAAGUCACGGGAGGACAUACGGCCUGGACGCAGCACUGGCAGAAGGAGUGGGAGCUAUUGUUGUACAAUUACCCAAUCCAGGUCCCUGGAUAGAAGGCUGCAGAGACCUAUUCUUGGGAAGUCUUUGACUCUUCCCAGCAUCCCCCAGUCCCCAGUACUGACCAGAGUCCCACAGCAUCAGGACAGUGUUCCUCGGCUUCCUGCAGCUGGCUCAUCAGACUCUAUGGUAACCUGCAAACUUCCCCCUGCUGUGGACUCAUGGCGCUCAGGAGACUCCCUUAUGAAUGCUGGUCCUUUGGCUCCAAGGCUAAUGUCUUCCCCCGAGGAGCCUCGGCUCCAGCACCCCUUCCACAUGCGGAAGAGCUUUUCAGUGGACAACCACCUUAGUUCCUGUCACUACCCAUUGCAUCCACCAGAUCCUCAAGGGAUACGAGUGAAGAGUAAGCUCAGGAGACAGUUUAGUCUGGGCUCAGCAGACCGGAAAGAAUUCCAGACACCAAGGUCUUUAGGCAGUCUUUCGAAGUUAACCAACCGGCUGUCACUGAAGGAGAAGUCGGAGAAGAGAAAUGAUGCUGAGUUGGCACCUCAGGAGCAGCCCCUAUUCCGACAGAGAUCACUGAGCAUUGAAUGGUCCUCUUCACCGAAGAUGACUCAACAAAUGAGGGACUUACAGCUAUCACAAACCAAGAAGCCUUCGGGCCCUUCCUCGCCAAAUGCGGCUAAGAGACUCUACAGAAACCUGUCUGGAAAGUUUCGAGUGAACUACAUGUCGUUUGAUGAGGGCAGUCUGACAGCACGUAAUGAGAAGGAACGUCUGCGGAAGCCAUGUCUAUUUCAGGGUAAUGCUGCCCUCUUUGAGGCUGUGGAGAUGCAGGAUCUAGACCGGGUACAGGAACUUCUCAAGCAGUUCAGUGUGGAGGAACUGGAUCUCAAUACCCCUAACAGCGAGGGACUCCUUCCACUGGACAUCGCUAUUAUGACAAAUAAUGCUCCGAUAGCUAAAACUCUGCUACAGGCCGGAGCAAAAGAGAGUCCGCACUUUAUGAGCUUGGAAAGCCGUUCUCUCCACCUGUCUACACUAGUGAGAGAGGCAGAGCAAAGGGUGAAUGAUCUCACGGCCCAAGUGGUAAAUGAGGCACCAAACGUAGACUGCUCCGACAAAGAAAAACAGCUGAAGUCCUGGGAAUGGCGAUACCGGCUCUAUAAGCGCAUGAAAGCUGGAUUUGAACAUGCACGUGUGCCAGAUCCCCCAACCAAUGUGCGUCUUGCCGUAACCAGCAGUACCAUGCUACAAGUCACCUUCCACGAGCCACUCAGCGUUAACUCUGCAGUUGUCACAAAAUACAAAGUUGAAUGGAGCCUUUCCUCUACUUUUUCUCCCAACGUCGGUGAGGUGGUCAUCGAGAAGCUGAGAAAUCUUCGUUUUAACAUCAGAGGCCUCACUUCAGGGACGCAAUAUUAUGUGCAGGUGUCAGCCUACAACAUGAAGGGCUGGGGACCACCACAACCCUCUCUUCCAGCUUUUGCCAUACCAUCAAACUGGCGCGAGUACGAUGGCCGGGCCCCGAGAAGAAAAGGACAAGCUGAAGCCCUAGAUUUGCUUCUUAGCCAAGUGAAGAACAACCACCAACACUGCGUGUGUCACGAGCCAUUUAAGAACCAGCCACAAAGCCGAAAACAUUCUGUAUCCAAGAGCCUCAAGCACCUCUUUCACCCCAGCAGCAAGUUUCUAAAAGGCCUUAAGAGGGGUCUUUACCUUGCAUCAAUAUUUUAUAAGGACGACAACAUCCUCGUAACUCAUGAAGAUCAAAUCCCAGUGGUAGAGAUAGAUGAUUCCUACUCUUGCUUGCUAAUGCAGGAUUUUCUUUGGUUUACAAAGGUAUCGUGCAUGUGGGACGACAUCUUGUGGUUACGUCAAUGUGUCACCGUAUCACAGUCCUCCUGUUCUUGUGUCUUGCAAACUCGAUUCAAGAUGCUGCUGGCUGUGUCCCAGAUGCAGGGUCUAUUAGGAAUUCAGGACCUGGGUCAGGUAUUCUUCGAACCCAUCAAAGACAAGCAGGGAAACAUUCUGAUAGUGACUCUGAAGGAGGUGAAACUGAGCCAGACUCUGGAGAACGUACGCUGGAUGCCGCUGUUCAAACUGCAGACUCAUAGGAAGUCAGUCUCAUCCCCGGACGAGCCGAGCGCUCUGGACGUCCUGCUGAUGACACUGCAUGAAAAAAUGGAAUAUAACAGAAGAAGCAGCCAGGCCCUGGCCCCAGGUCUAUACUUGGGGUACCUGAAGCUCAGCAGCGCCGUGGAUCAGAUUCGCGUCCUUGUACCUGAGAGGUUGCCCAACAUCCUUUGCCAUGUGAAGAUUCGAUCAAAUUCCAAUGUGUCAAGAGAGGAAUGGGAAUGGCUGCAGACCCUGGCAAGCGUUGAGGAUUCCAUUGCCAAUGAGCAGGACACAGAGAGCUGCCAAAACCUACUGCUGGAAGAACUGAGAACGGCUGUGAAGGAACUAAUGAACCAAGUCAACAUUCCCCAUCAUGAGGCUAAAGACUUCCGCCUAUACAGUCAAGAAGUCCUUGAGUUUGGAGGUCAGGUCUCCUUCCUUCUGUUGCUGCCUCCAUCUGAUGAUGUUUGUACGGCUCCUGGUCAGAAUAACCCUUACACCCCAUACUCUGGCUUCCUUACACUGCCUCUGCAGAUCUUUGAGCUUGUUAAUUUUUUCACUUAUGACCGGGAGUUCAUUAGUCAAUACUGCCAAGUGUCAGCCUUACUGGAACUGGAGUCCCUUCUAUCUCAGCAAAGUCUACGGGAAGCUUUCUCAGACUCAGAGCUCGCCACAGCUAAGCAGCGGCAUCAGCAAAUUCAGGACUAUAUCCAGCAAAUGGAGGAGAUCUGGAGAGAAAUGCGCUGGAUGAUGGAUGCACUACAGCAUGCCAGAUACAAGCAGCCCUCCUGUACUGUGCCCCUCACAUGUUUCCUGGACGGGGCUGGAGAAGGUUUCCAGAAGGAGAAGCCUCCAUCCACAUCAUCUCAUUUGGACUACUUCCCAUCACCAACUCCCUCUCCUGAAAGCAGCAGGAAACGCAACACAGAUCUCAUUCCUGCUCCGUAUACCGACAGUUUACUAUUGGAUGUUAAAUUUCAUCAGAAUCAGUCUUCCCCACUUUUGGAUUCCCAUGGUGUGUCAGAUGAAGAGGGCUCCUCUGAAGUCUUCCUGGCAACUGACAGUGACUAUGAUUCCAGCCGAGCGCAGAGCCCCAAAGAGCUGGACCUAGUUUAUUCUUCAGGACAGGAAUGUGGCAGGAGAAACCUGCGCAGCUUCAGAGAUGGAACUCCCGAUGUUCUGCAGACUCACGACUCCAAAGUUUUGCCUCAGGAAGAUGAACGGCAACAGCAGUUUUACGAUAGCGAUUUUGUGCUUCCCAGCCGCCAGAUUGAGUUACUGCGGAUUACGGAGAAGAGGCAAGCGUACUGUGUCCGUACUAGCAGCCUUGAUUUCCCCAAACAGCCUUACAAAACCUCUCGAAAGUCAUGCCCUGGCUCUGUUGACAGUUCCCCAACAGAGACAAAAGCUUCAGGGUACCGCAGUGUCCUAGGGCUGAGGACAAGCACUUCUUUUAGCCCAGACCAUGAACUGAGAUGUGAUAGCUCACAGCGGAUUUACCGCACACACUCUGUUGAGUGGACGCAUGACUUCCAAGAACCCUUGGAACCAAAACUCAUAACGGGGCAAGGAAAAAAGAACAAUUCUGUUACUAUUCGGAUAUUUCCACAGUACGAAACUGGUUUGUCUAAAGAGAUGAGUGUUAAGAUGCAUAUUACAAGCAAAACCCCUGCCCAGGAGGUGGUCAAGCUGGUGGUACUGCAGAUGAAUGAGAUCUCCAGGAGUAUGCAGGGUAACACAGAAGCCUACUGCUACGCCGAAGAUCAGCUGGACCACUUUGCACUGGUUUUCACUCCAGAAACCAAUAAGGAACAGUGGCUGGCCGAUGACUUUCUGCCUUUCUCCCUCCAGAAGAGCUGGAACAAGGGACACUUCUCAGUGCGGAUUAGAGAGACCUCUCCUUUGCUUUUCCAGUACGGGCCAGCGACUACUGUAUGAGCUUGUAUGUGUCAUGGACAACUUGUCCAAAGGAUUCUAGGGCCACCUUCAAUGCUUCCGUCUUUACACAACCCAUUCUUCCUCUCACAUCUAUCGAAAUGAGUUUUGACUGAAGAAUGGAUUUGGAUGUAUUAUUUUUUUACUUUCUUUGUCAACCAAAGACUUAUUUUCCUAACAAGAAACGUUUGGUUGCUACACGAGGCAGCGAGUAUCUCUGACCACAACAUGUUCACUUGAAAGGAAUGUCUUGGGGAUGGGGUCAUAUUUUUAAAAGAACAACACAAAAAAACACACCAGUGACAAAUAAAAAAAAAAAAGCAAUACAUCAUUUUUUUCCCUCCUCCGUCCUUUUUUUUUUUUUUUUUCAAUGCAACAUUCGGGUUUUUAUUGAUCCAUAAACCACAAAGACUUAAUAGGGAUUUGUGUGAAUUCUGAGCAAGAAAUCUGAAAAUUCCAAAAGAUGAAUUCCAAAAAUGUUGAUUUUUUCCGGAACAAUACGGAAAUGGAAAAUAUUGUUUAUUGUGCUUGUUUUGCUGUAUCUGAAAAAAAUAUGGUUGCACAAAAGUUAAAAAAAAAUAAGUUCUUAUAUAUAUCUAUAUAUAUAUAUAUCUAUAUAAAAAAAAAUAGGCACCAAUCCCAGGACAACUGGAGCCGUGUGUCUUCCCUUUCCUCUUAAAUGCGUUGGUUUUAAUGAAUAUGUCUCAAACCAAGCACCCUAUUAAGUUCUGUUAAAAAACACUUAAUACCAUGGCUAUGUUUUCUAUUUGUUUAGUGGUUGUGAUUUGGCCUGCCUACGUUCAACCGCAUGAUGUUUUGAGUGUGCCUUUGUUAGUCAAUGGUUAUAUUAAAUUCUCGUGGUUCCACAGUGCGGAUCGGUGGUGCUUCAGACGGACUCGCUUCUCAGUGUCGUGCCACUCCGAGGUCAAAACACGAGCUUUUGUAUAUUAAUGUUGGACGAAAUGUUCUACUUCUGCAUUUAUCUUGUUUCUCUUUGUUCUACCUCCGCUACCCAGCCCUUUACUUGAUCACACUUCAGUUCUGUUGUUACGUUCAUGAGCCAGGCGAGAAGAAACAUAUCAGCAUUUCUGUGUUUUUUAAUUUUAUUUUUUUUUUAAAUCCUGAAUAAUAAAGUCAUCAUGCCGUGAUGAACAAAAAUAUAAAGCACUGGUGCUAGGGUUGUAAAAAUAUUAAAUAUGUUUUUCUUUUGUAA